ACUGUUUCUUUAAAGAUGAACGCAAAUGUGAACACUAAUUCUUGUUUGUUUUCUCCUGUAGGAAAUCAACGUUUUCCAGGAUUUUUUUGGACAAAGACCAACUAAAAGGCAUAAUGCCUUAGGAGCUACUGGCUGCACAAAAUCCUGACUUGGGCCCCAAGUUCUGGGGCCUGUAACUUCAGCAGCAGGCAGAGUCUAUGAUUUUGAGGUCUGCGUUUGAAUGAAUGACUAAACGACCCGGACGGAGCUCUUUGUUAGCGAGCCUGCAUCAUGACCUCAGUUGAGAAGCGCCGCUCGGGCCGAAAGAGCGGCGGGCAUCGCAAGCACAGCGAUGGAGGCUACAGCGACACCUCCAGCGGUGGGUCCUUUCUGGACGAGACCGACCGCGAGGUGAGCAAUCUGACAGAUCGAGCGUUCAGGAGCCUCUGCAUCGGCGAUGAAGCUGUUUAUAAUGACUCGGACCUCUGCUCAUCGUCACCCUGCAUCCCGAGAGACAGACAGCUGGCCUUUAGCCAGAGUGAGCAGGGCAGAGACAGAGAGGACAGAGAGAGGGAGGAACUCAAGAGAGCUGCACAUGAGAGCUUCAGCCUCAGGGUGCAGCAGUACGGACAAGACUUGAUCCACGGAGGAAUGUACGGGGCGAAGAUCCACAGAGAUCCACAGUGGGAGGUUUAUGGGGAAAGGACACAGGGGAGGGUUUCUGCCACAUUCCAGCACUCCUUUAUGGAAACCUCUCAACAGGAGGAAUCUCUGAGGGAAGAGCAGCUGUCCUUCUUCAGCAAUGGAGCCACCGAGGUGGGUUCACAGCAACGCAGAAGUCGAUCGAGGGUUUCCUCUCUCAUCCGAGCGUUCAACUCGGAGGGACAAAGGGACGGAGCAGGCAUGGACGGUAAACUCAGAGAGUGGAACGAUGAGACAAGCUGGGACAAGUCGGCUCUGAUGAGCAUCCAGAGGGAACUUUCUGAAUUCUCAACACCAUACCAGCCAAACUUUAACAGUGGUCACUUCCCCUCCGCCGGUCCAUUCACUGCCCAAGACGGCAACUUCUACUCCGCUGCAGUGGCUAACAUGAAUUCUUCAUCCUCUUUUAUGAGGUCUUCCCACAGUAAACACAGCAUGUCUGCACAGGUCAACUGUAACUCUAACUUCUUUAUACACAGCGAGUACAGUCCCUUCAAGGUAUGGAGGGACCAUAACAGGUUUCCCUUCCAACAAGGAGAAUUCUCAGGGUUUAUGCACUGUUCAGAGUUCCCCAAAUGGUAUGAGACACCAAUGUACAAGGAGCUUUCACUGGAGGCCCAACCACAGGGUCCGUACAGGUUUGAUGAAAGGAGUAUCAGACACCAGAGGAAUACCAUGGCGCCUGUGGUUCCUGCGACUCCCUCGCGCUCCACCUCAACAUCCACAAUGAUGCAGAGAGCUUUGUCUGUGGAGAAGCGGUGUGAGUCAGAGCUGGCAGGUCAUUAUCCCCACAGGAAGCGGACACAGAGCCUCGGAGCCAACAGGCUCCAAUCCCAACGCCCGUCGACUGCGUCGCCCACCAUCGAGAUGUCACGACGUGUCCAGGAAACGAUCAGCUCCGUCAAAGCCCUUCAGCAAAAGAUCAAAAUGAUGACAGAGCAGAACAUCUCAGCAGGGAUGACAGCGAAUCAACAAGGAGUGCUUUAUAGCAACAACAAUUCGGUUCCCUUCGGCAACAGUGCACCAACGGCGGCACCAAAUGUUGUCAGCAGCAACACAAGCACAACUCCCUUCAACACCAGCCAGCUGCUCACACCGUCAGUCCACGCACAUCAAGAAGCGGAGACAUCAGAGGUCCGGCAGUAUGCAGCCUCCCCUCAACCUGUGGAACAUCCUCCGGUGCGAGCAGAAAGCAGGGGAGCCACUCCUGACAUUAGGAUGUCCAGCUACAAAUCCAGAGCCACAAGCCUGCUCUUCAAUCUCAAAGACAACAGGAAAAGAGUCAAAAGCACCUACAGUCCUCCCAAAUUUAAAGGCUUGGAGACGCCUGAGAAAAACAAGCAGCGCAAUACGCAGGAGCCUAGAGACACUGUGAUAGACAUGCCUGAUUUUUCAGACCAAGACGUUCAGUUUACCCAGGUAGAAGCCGCCUCACAUCAAAACGUAAACCAGUAUUAUGACCCUGGAUUGCCACUUACAGCAGUAAAUUCUCAGCCUGUGACGACACAUACAGGCCAGUAUUCAGACUACACUUCAAGUGAUUAUCAGACAGCUCUGAUGCAAGGUGAGAUGGUUCAUCACUCUGGGUUCACUGGCUUCAUACCCGAAAAUUACCCCAACUAUCAGCUGGCUAAUGGACAGAAUCUCCAUGAAGACUUAUCGUCCUUCACCUCCUAUAAGCAAGGCAUGUUAGACUAUGCAGAAACUCACGGAGGAGAUGCACACAGGCUCAAACCAUCUUAUACAUCUGCAGAAACGCAGAGGCUAAAUGCCGACAACAACCAAACCAGAGACUAUUUAAUAAGUAAGGCAAAUACUGAGCAACAUUUUAAUGAAACAGCGGGAAGGGAAUCCACAAAGGUGGAUAGAUAUCAGCAGCUCAUAGACAACAAACAUGAUUACAGUAAUGUGUCCUCGCCAGAUAGAUGGAGACAGACAAACAGCCUGGACACAGAAAAUCGCAGUCUGAAAACAGCUAUCUCUCCAUGGAAACAAGAGAUUACUGCAUUCGUGGAAAAAGACCAACAUGCACAGGCUUACCAAAGAGCAGCCACGAUAAAGGAGGAGCUGAAUUUUACGAGAGACAGAUACAGAGGAGAAAAUCAGCAGAGUAUAAAUAAAGACCUCGAGAAAAUAGAGCUGAGGGAAAGUUUUGGUGUCGGAACAUUUUCUCACAAAAAGGCUGAGCUGGUCAAUCCUAACAUGUCAAACCAGCUGCCACAACACGCUCCAUUUAGUAAUGCCACUGUCCAAAGUCCACCAUAUUAUGGACAGCAUCAACCUGGAGCAUUUGAGGACAAAUAUGUACCUCAACAUUACGGCCACAGCAAGGAAAAUGAAAUGAGAGACAAUCAUUCGACACAGAACUCUAACAGAUACACUGAUCAAGAAUACGGAAACCAGCACUGCCUUUACUCUGAUAAAGACAAAACAAUGCUAUUGCGAGAAACAGGUUCGACAAAGCCGCUUCCCAAGGGGCAUGAACGGCAAAGUCUCCAGACAAUGGAGGCUAAGCCGCAGAUUGAACAUAAUAAACAGAAAAAUUCAUUAUCUAACCCCAACAAUGCAUCUGCCCCCACAAUGGGAAACAAGGUAGAGCGUAGACAGUUUGCUGAGGUCAAGGCCGAACAGGCCACGGCGGAACGUAGGAAAGCACAACACGCCCAAGAGGAGCUGGCAAACGCUCAGCACUGGGCUCAAGUGGAGCAGCCCAAAGUGGAGUCAGCCAGGUUAAUUUUAGCAGGGCAGACUGGUUCAGAGAGAGUCAAAGCAGAACAGGCCAAAGCAGAAGUAACAGAGCCUGAUAGAGUAAACCAGGCGAGCACAGAACAUAUUAAAGAUAAGGAGACGAAAGGGGAAGAGACAGAGCCGCCCAGAGAAAAACAAUCAGAGCGGGAGCAGACCAGAGAACAGACGGCAACAGAGGAGCCAAGAAAUAUUACAGAGGAAGCAGGAGUCAGGCACAUGAGAGAGGGGCUGGUUGAGCAGGUCAAAGCAGAACAAGCUGGAGCAGAGAGGCUAAAAGAGGAACACAUAAAAAUUGAGCCGGCCAAGACUGAGCAGGCCGAGCAAGCAGGAAUUGAGGAAGCUGAAACCGAACAGGCCAGAAGAGAAAGGAUCAAAGCAGAGCAGCUCGAGGAAGAAAAGGCGAGAGCAGCUCAAGUUGAAAGAGAGCAGAUGGAGGCUGAACAAAUCAGAGCAGAAAAGGUUAAAGCAGAGCAGGCUGAAGCAGAGCAGAUGAAGGAGCAACAAGCUAAAGCAGAAAAAGAUAAGAGUGAGGUAGUGGAGGACAUCUCCAUUCAAGCGAAUCAAGUCAAUGCAGAGCAACCUGCAAAACAGAUAAGUAACGCCAAAGAGGAAAACGUCGACGAGAGAAAGGCAGCGCAGUUCGGACAAACCAAACUGGAGCUAGCCCAAGCAGAACGUGCAAAAACAGAGAGCAUGCAGGAAAGAUUCGCUAAACCUGCAGCAAAACUAGCACAACUGGUGAAAAUUGAGCCAGAUAAGGUUGAGCAAGUGAAGACAGAGUUAGCUAAAGCUAAGGCAGAGUUAGCUAAAAUCAAGGAGAAAAUGAGGGGAGAGCAAAAAGAAAAAGCCAGAGGUACAGUUCUCCCAAGAGAAGAUGGGAAUAAGAAAGAUGUUCCUUCUGUGGCAGAUGCAAAUGAUAAUGAAGAGCACAAAGAUCAGGCAACACAGAGAGAUGAAUUAGGUCCAGCAAAUAUAGGAGCUAAUGAGUAUGAGCGCCUCAGAGAGAAAUAUGGUUUCACAGAUACAACUUCAAUAAACAGAAACAAGUUGUCAGCUGCAGGAAACACUGCCUCACUUGACACCUGUGAAACGCCAGCUUUAUCUCUAGAUAAAGUUGAGCCACCAAAUGAUGAGAAAUCAAAAGACAAACAUAAUCCAACAAUGGCAACAGCUAACACAGAAAAUGGAAAGGAAGGAGGCAGCUUUAAAGCCACUGAGGUGACAGAAAGUCAGUAUGUUUACAGCGAGACAUCCAAAGAAUUCAAAUUAUCUGGUGCUGAUUAUUUGCAUACCAAAGUAGAUAGCGCAACUGGUGACACUGCUACUGAUGAUGAAGUGAAGGACAACAGAGUUGAAAAUUUGGGGAAACGUGAUACCCUAAAACGCACUGAUGUUUCUCAGCACAGAGAUUCUGAUAUGGUUAAACCACUCAGCGUUGAAAGAAAAACAAAGUCAGGUGAGCACCAGGUAGGCAAAGAUCCACAUUUUACCCCUCCCAGAGCACUGACCAGUAAAGAGAGAGCUCAAACCAAGCAAGAGAUAUUGACUUCCAAGAUAAAAGCUCAUGCUGAAAAGGAGAUUUCCGCAAUUAAAGAAAAGGGUUUUGCCAAACGAGACGGGUUCAUAUCGAAAUCCACCACCAAGUCAUUAGCAGGUAGUCAGAAUAUUAAUAUACGACAGCGGCCACCAUCACAGGAAGUGCCGAAAAAGCAUGAAAGCUCCAGUAAUAUUACACUAAAGCACCAGACGGAGCCUUCAGGGAUACAAAGCGAACCAGUCAAGUCUGUUUCAACUCCCACUUCAGCAACAGUACCAGUUAAGUCUGCAGCAACCGCCAGUCAGUUAGCAGACCAUUCACAGAAACAAGUUCCCAAAGAGCCAACAAAGAGCAACAACAAUGAGCCAAAACUACCCAGAGAAGAAAAACGGGCAGGAAGUUAUAUCAUGAGCACAGAUGAGGGUUUGAAAGAAAACCAAAAAAGAGAGAAUAAGUCUGGAAUGAAGUCCCCAAUCCAAAAUAAGGAGCUGGCACUCAAGAGCAAGCAAGGAAAACAGGAAGCAAAUCAAGGAGAAAUGUCUGGCAAACAAAAAGAGACACUUAAAGACAGUGCUGCUGUAAACACAGAUCAUCUCAACAAGAAGAAAGACAAUCCAUCAAAGGCUGCAGUUGUGGGAGAGGCUGAAAGCUCCAAACCUAUGACGACAGAAAAGGCUGAGAGUAAACAUGGAGCAGAGGACUCAGCAUCUUCGCUAAAUCUUUGCUUUGCCCAGAACGAGACCCCUGUAGCCGAUGACAACUUGCAGAUCACGGGAAUAAUGGUAACUGUUCAUGAGAGGAAGCCAUCUGAGAGCAAUGGUAAGAGUAAUCAAGAACAAAUUAAUGCAAAAGAGAAGGAGUGCAGUAAUUCAGAGCUGGAGAAAUGUCAUCCCAGCUCAGGUGUAGAAGUAAGUGAAGGAAAUAAAUCUUCAAAGGAAGUUAGCAUAGUAAAGGCCGGGAACAGAGCUGUACAGAACACUCUGAAGGAGGAUCAAACUAAAGUUAGUCUGGAUAAUCAUCCAGAAAAUGUGCAAAAAACUUUAGGCCAUGAGACAGAACAGAACAAUGUGUCUGGGGAUGUCAGUGUGAAAAAGACUAAUUUCCAGCAGGUGUGUUCCUCUACAAAUACAAGAGCCCAAAGGGAAACACAACCCCCCACAGUCACUGUAACUGCUAAAAAUAAAACGUCCGCUGAAACUCAACCCCUUCUCUACAAACGGGACACGAUACCAGGAGAAACCAAAGACUACACAAAUAAAAUGUCAAAUGAGAGCUCUGCAAAGAGCGUAUGGAAAGAUGAAGGAAAGAAUGACACAGAAGAGAAAAAUCCACAAAACAUGCAAACAGCACAAACCAAUGGGAGCUCAGUGGCCAAAAUAGCAAACACAGGAGUCCACUCCAUCGAUGAUUCAAGCAGAAUUCAUGCUGAAAGUCUUAAAAAACAUGACCCUCAGCAAUCAGUGAAAGAAAAUAUGUCAACGGUCACAAAUUCUUUCAAAAGCAAGAACAUAGAUGGCAUAAAUGCACCCCCAGUGGAGGAAAAGAGACAUGACACAACACCACCAAAACCAUUCAAACAAGCCAGUCCAUCUAACCAAUCAACUGAGGAUGAAAACUUGCACGUGUCUCUAAAAUGUGUCGACGAGAAUGUGCAUAUAGACUGUAUUGCUAUCAGAGUUGUGCCAGCAGCAACUAAGAGGGAAAACCUGAAAAUGGAGGAGAAACAUGAUGCCACAACUGUCUCUUCUGAUGAUAUUACAGCCAAUGAACACAAAUUGGAUGCAUCAGCUGGUAUAAAUAAUGAAGACAGAACUGAACACUUACAGAUGAAAGACAGUUCACAUCACAAAUUGGGAAAACAAAUGCCUGAGUCUCUGAAAGUCAGCAACCAACAGAACAGCACAAAGGUGACCUGUGAGAAUACUAAAGCUGAAACUGAAAAGCUUGAAAAAGUUAAUCAAAGUAGGAAAUCAGUCGAUGAAUCAAACAUACAACCAAUGGAGACGGAUUACUUUCAAGUACAAAGCGUAACAGAAACACACAAGAGUGCAAAUGUUCCAUAUACAUCAGAUGCUGUUUCAAAGGGAGGGGAACUGCCAGGAUCACAAUCGAACAAGGCAGCUAUCAGCAAUGGAUCACACAACAAAGGGAAAAAUAAAGUCCUUGCAUUGGAUCAAAGUAAACCAGCGGAAUCAAGCACAGGGAGUGUUCAAGAUGAGAACAUGAAAAGGAAAAACAGGGAAACAGGAGAUAAUCUGGCUUCGAAACAGGGUAAUGCUCCCACAGAGAGACAGAGCAAUAAAAAUGAGAAGACAGAGGCAGGUCAAGCUAUUCAUAUCAGAAAACAACACACAGAGAACCAGCCCCGUUUAUCAGCAAGGGAAAGACAGAGCUCUAAAAAUCCCCAUCCAACAGGGGAAAUAACCGUUAAAACAAAACCUGAAGAUAAACCAAAGCCAAAAGAAAGAGCAUCCACAAUACCUGAAAUAUCAGCAAUUGCAGACUACGCAAGGUUAAAAGUCAUUGUAUCAGAAGACCGAGCAAAUGAAAUUCAGGAAUUCCCACCCAACAAAAAGGAAGGAUUCUUUCCACUCAUACAGACUCGUCAUAGCAGACGCCCAGUGUUCACUGCUGACCCUCAAGACCUCUCUGGAAAAGAGAAAAGCUUUCCAAAUAAGACAGAAGUCCCCUCCAAAGUGAACAAAGAGCCCAAACCCUUAGUAUUUCCUAUUACAGAGAAAGAACACCAAAGGACAGGGAUGUUCAAACUGGGGGACAAAGAAAGACAAGAGAAAAUGCUUUCGGAUGUCAAAGCCAAUGACGAUGUCAAAGAAAGAAACAAGUCUCCAACAAUUCAUCUCAAGAACCAGAGGAGUGAAGAUCAAGGGGCUGGAGCUGAUACCCAAAGACUUCUUCAAGUGGAUCAAGGUCUUCAUCAGCCAAGCUCUUCCUUGUAUGCACCAACCUCAUCUUCUGCAGUCAACAGGCCGAGAAACACUCCUGGGUCACAACACCUAAAACUAGUUGAUAACCCCAAUCCAUGUGAAAGAGGUGAAGAUUGUUCCUCAAAAGCUGAACAAUUACCAUAUUUUGAUAAAGACUCUCAUCCACGUCCUACUUUGGGGCAAAUGUCUAACAUAGAGGAUGGUCAACAACAAGAAAAGCUGAGAAAAGAAAGGCUUGCAACUCGCCAUGAAGAGACCACAGCAAAGGAGAGCACAGCAAAAUUGCCAGACAAAGAACAAGCUUCUGGGAAAGAAGUGAAGAAAAGGACAGAAGUCAUGAAAAUAAGAGACAUGCUAGAAGCUUCUCUGGCUGAAGAAGAGAGAAGAGCUGCUCAGAGAGAGGAAGAGAGGAGAGCAAGAGAGCGGGAGGCCAUAGCUAGUAAGGUGAAGGAGAAGCGCCAAAAACAGAGAGAAGAGGAGGAAAGAAAAGCAAAACUCAUAGAGGAAGAGAGAGCUGCUCAAGAAGAAAAGGAGAUGAGAGCAAAGAAAAGAGAAGAAGAAAGGAGAAUGAAAGAAACUGAGGAGAAGAGGAGACUAAAGAUGGAGGAGGAGAGGAGAGUGAAACUGAGAGAGGAGGAAGAGCGAAUUAGAGAGGAUGAGGAGAGGAGGAGGGAGAAGCAGCAAGAGGAGGAGAGAGCUGCCCAUAAAGAGCAGCAGAGGAGAGCUGCAGAAGAGGAG